CCCCCGACUGCGAUCAGUUCCGUUUGGUCCUGUUUUGGUUCUGAGUCGGGGCUCUGCGCGAUGUUAACUCUGAAAUCUGAGUAAAACAAUUGUCUCAGUACGUGUUUUCCUCUGUUUCGCUGCAGAGCUCUUACAAUUAGAAAAACCUGUGAUGACGAGGAACAAAAUGAGGUUGGAUGUUAUUCUUCAGACUCUUCUCCUGAGCCACACCUUCUUCUUCACUGCAGUGUCAUGCCAGUCUGACAGCAGCAGUAGCGUGGUGGUGGCAGGUUAUAAUAUGAGUGCCCCUGCGGGGUCCAAGAUGGUGCUUCAGUGUGUGAGCGGCCGCAUGGUGUGGACCAGGGAUAGGGUGAGGGACAGACAGAGAGUGGUCCACUGGGACAUGUACCGGGAGGAGCCGGACUAUGCCAUGGAGCGUGUAGUGGACAUGUUCUCAGCGGGAGACCAGAGGAUCUACAACUCCUACAACCUCCGCAGGGUCGGCCUCAACCCUACAGCAUUCAAGGAUGGGAACUUCUCACUGGUCAUCAAAGAUGUGGCGAUGAAUGACAGAGGUCUGUACUCUUGUAAUCUCCACCAUCUCUACUGCCACCUUUAUGAGACGGUCAGAGUUCAGCUCAAUGUGACUAAAUCACGCCGUAAAGAGCAGCGCUUCUGGGAUGGACAGAAGGCUGUGUACGUAGUGUUGCUGGGGAGCACCGUGGUGCUGCCGUGCAUCAACAGGCGGACCGUCUGGACAGACUGGAGCAACGAAGAGGAGGACCAGCAGGUGGUCCACUGGGACCGUCAGGCCCCUGGAGUCCAACAUGACCGUGCUGAUCGGCUGGUGGACCUGUACGCUUCUGGAGAGCAGCGUAGCUACGGACCUCUGUUCCUCCAGAGGAAGAUGAACAUCAGCAAUCAAGCAUUUUCAGAAGGAGACUUCUCACUUACCAUUUCAGAUCUGCAGCCUGCAGACCAGGGGAAGUAUUCCUGCCACCUUCACCACCAUUACUGUGGCCUACAUGAGAGAAGGGAAUUUCAGGUCACAGUUGAGCCACCGCUGAUUCGGACCACUGAGCCGGCCAAAGCACAGCCCAGCGAAGAAAAGGAUGCCACGAAGGCUGAAUCACCACGAGUCAUUACCGUUGUCCUGCCAGACCAAAGACACUACUUUCUUCUGCCUCUGGGCUACGUCCUCACCUCCUUCCUGCUCCUGGCAUUUAUAAUCCUCAUCAUCAUCCUCAUCACAAGACGAUUUCGAGCCAAAGAAUUUUAUCCUCAGACGUCCAUGAGGUCUGGGAGAACUUGCAGCAGCUCAGAUGAGUAUGAGAUGGAUGUAAGUGAGCUGGGUGUGUGCAGUCUAGAAGAAAGAAGACUUGACUACAAAAACAACCUGCUAAAAGAAAAGGUCCACGUCAACACUCAGCCCAAAGUCAUUGAUCUUGACAAAGAAAUGCAGAAGUUUUCCAAGUGAGAAAAUGAGACAGAAGCGAAAUCUGAGUCACUGGCUGGUCCAGAGGCUGCGCUCCAAACUAAACACGUCGCCACUGCCUUCUGUCCUGGAAGGAGAGGCGUGACAGCAAGGAAGCCAACGUUGCAAAGAUGCUUUGUUAUGAAAUGCAUUGUAUUGUCAUGUUGUCAGUGUUACACAUAGAAGGAAAAUUGUUUGCUUUUAUUGUACUCGAUGAGAUUAACAAGCCCAGACACGACCCGCUGUGCAUAGCACAGCAAGCCUUAACUGCUUUAUUAAGAAACUUGUAGCUAAAGAGAAUUUACUUAAUUGUGAUCAAGUAAAUCUGGAUGAUGGUACUGCAGCUUGAAUCGUUGCUCCUCUUUUUAAAUAAUGCUUGCAUUUCUAUUUGUUCUUGCUUCUUUAUUGCUUUACGUUAGCAUCCUAUGUGAGCUGGACUGAUGUUACUAUGAAGUCUUGUGUAGGAUUCCUGUAGGCUGUAACUGACUGCUGAGGCAGUUUAUGCUUUUCCAUGUUCAGAUUUGUUUUUCCUUCUUUCACAAUGGUCUUAAGGAUUUUUUUAACUAUUAUACUUGUUAAAAUCAGCUUUUGUUUAACUAUUUUAAUAUCACACAAUAAAGUCAAUUAUUAAUGAACUGAAUGUACACAGGUGAAAUGUUUGGUAACAGGCUUUAUUAUCACACCAGAUACUUGAUUCUGUCAGGUUGCUGAAUGUAUGUUCUUGUCAGGUUUCCCAUGAUGUGGCAGAGGAAACUAUAAAAACUACAAGGACUGCAAAUCUGAAGAAGUGGUUAGCCAAAAUUAAACUUUAUAUAUGAUUUUUGUUAAUGAAUAAAUCUUGCUUUCAUGAUUUUGUUAUUCUGAUGUUUUAGCGACUUUUUUUAGCCUUCGUGUUUUUUCCUAGUCAUAAGCGCCCUCUAGUGUGGGAAGCUUUGCAUUAAUGUAGCUAUUACAAAGUCCAUUCUUUUUAUUUUGUUAUGCCUCAUCUGAGCUAGGUGUUGUGGUACUAAAUCAUGCAACUAAUAACAUGAAAUAACAUAAAGAAGUUUUGUUGUCAUCCCAUUCAGUAGUUUGCCAUUUUCCUAUAAAAGUAAAAUGUAGAGAUACUGUAUGAACAAAAACAUUAAUACUUUAAAACUCGCCAUGGGAUCCAUACCAUUCAAAACGAUGAUGUGGUUACUUUGAGUACCUUUUGAACCUUGUGU